UGCCGACAACGACCUAUUGCUGCAAGAGAUAAUUACAAAUUAAAUAUAGAUAAAGUAAAUUAUAAACUGAUAAGUCUGUGUGCAAGUUCCAGCUUCCAACAGCUUAAAGUAUAAUUUAAAACGCAAUAAGCAGCAAUGAAGUACGUACUCAUUAUUUGUUUGAUGAUUUUUACUGAUGGAUCAUCAGCUUGGCGAAGAUUCUUUCGGGGAAGGAGUAGAGAGAGAACUGUUUUUAACAAAGACUACAAAUUAACUGACGAUUUGUGGUUCCAGCAAGAGCUCGAUCACUUUGAUCCAACGAAUACUCAGUCAUGGCAUCAGAGAUAUUUCGUGAAUUCAAAUUUUUACAAACGUGGGGGACCGGUAUUUUUAAUGAUUGGAGGUGAAUCAGAAGCAAGUGCCAAGUGGAUGGCAGAAGGACAAUGGAUCGAGUAUGCCAAGCAAUUUCGCGCAAUGUGUUUCCAAUUAGAGCACCGGUUUUACGGCAAAAGUCAUCCUACACAGGAUUUAAGUAUCAAGAACUUGGCUUACUUGACAUCAGAGCAGGCACUGGCAGACUUGGCUUAUUUCAUUGAAGGAAUGAAUCAUUUGCACCAAAUACCUGCUGGUACCAAGUGGAUUGUCUUCGGAGGUUCAUAUCCUGGGUCGUUGGCGGCAUGGAUGCGGCUGAAGUACCCUCACCUGGUCCACGGAGCUGUUUCAACAAGCGGACCCUUGCUAGCUAAAGUAGACUUCCAGGAGUACUACGCAGUAGUCGAGGACGCGCUGAGAACUCAUUCGCAAGCGUGUGUAGAUGCUGUGGCAGCUGCUAAUAAGCAAUUCCACGUGAUGCUGCGUCAUCGAAUCGGCCAGCAAGAUCUCUCCAAGCUCUUCAAGCUUUGCGAUCCAAUAGACCCGGCUGGUACCAAGAAGAAGGACAUCUCCAAUCUCUAUGAAACUAUUGCCAGCAACUUCGCUGAGGUUGUUCAGUACAACAAAGACAAUCGUAACAGUUCAAAGACAGCAAACAUCACUAUCGACACCGUCUGCGACGUAUUAGUCGAUGAAAAACAGGGAAUCCCUAUCGAACGGUUAGGAAAAAUCAGCAAUCUUCUGCUGAAGGCUGACAAUGAAACUUGCCUUGACUACAAGUACAGCAAAAUGGUUGACGAGCUGAGAAACGUCUCCUGGGAGGCUGAGGCUUCAGAGGGAGGGCGUCAGUGGUUCUACCAAACCUGCACAGAGUUCGGAUUCUUCCAGACUUCAACAGCCAGACCCGAUCUGUUCAGCGAAAUGUUCCCAGUAGACUUUUUCGUCCAACAGUGUAUUGAUGUUCUAGGUCCCAGGUACAACAUCCACUUGCUGGAGUCGUCUGUCGAGCGGACUAAUCUUCUCUACGGAGGUCUGCACCUCCAAGUAUCCAAUGUCGUUUACGUCCACGGGUCCAUCGAUCCCUGGCAUGCGCUGGGAAUUACAAAAUCUUCAAACCCACAAACCCCAGCUAUUUACAUAAACGGUACUGCUCACUGUGCUAAUAUGUAUCCAGCAUCACCAUCAGAUUUACCGGAAUUAAUUAAAGCGAGAAAACAAGUUGGGUCUAUUAUUCGUGAUUGGUUGAAAUAAAGUCGCAGUUGAUUGAUUAUUAUAAUUAGUACGUAAUGAUAAAUAAUGGAAUUAAAUAUCAGUAAUAAUGGAGUUGAUAUAAAAAAAAAAAGUUUCAGUACAGUGAUAAAAGUAAAAGACUGAGCUCGUUAU